CACACUACGAACGAUGGCCUUUUCCAUGUUUCCUUCUUGGUGGCGCUUCAAUCGCCAAAGCUCUUCCAAGACAUCGACCGUCAGUCAAGUGCUCAUCUCAAGCCGUACUGUGGCGACUUCGGACGAUGAAUACGACGACGAAGAGUUCUGCUAUGGGAUGACCAAGAUGCUUCGCACCGAUUCGAUCUCAUCCGAGACAACAUUUAUCGAAUCGGAGCUUGCAAGCCUUGAUGCUUGGAACUUUGAUGAGGACGACGAGCCGAUACCACUCCUCGAUGCCGAGGCCACGCGCCGCCCGCCAAGUCCGAUCGUUACCAAGCCUGUCCAAGGCAACGGCGUCUGGGCCUUCCAUGACGAUGAAGACGACAUUGCGCCACCGCACAGUCCGCUCAUGGCGCGUCGCCCAAACAUCUACUACCCACCAACGAGUCCGAUUCGAAACCAGCUCUAAGUCCAUCAUUUGAUUGGCGUGAAACCCGGUCGUAGGCGUUUCUUCAGUUGUACUCUACUAGUCGAAGGUUAAUUUAUUCG